AUGCCGGCAUCUGGCGGGAUCUCAAGGAUUGGUGUAUAUGGUUGCCAAGCGACAGUGACUGGACAGUCGGCUUAUAAUAUUGGCACCGUUAUUAUGAGCAGAACAGCUCACUUUGUGCCAAAUGCUAUAAGCCAGACGGUAAACUCGGGGGAAGCGGUACGUCUAACAGUUACUGCUACUACGGGCCAGCAGUUAACUCGUUGGAGAAAAGAUAGCAGCAUUCCCAUCGCUUCGUCCAAUGACAGGCUUUAUUAUGAUAUCAAUGGAGCUAGUACAGAUGCUGGAACAUACGAGGUUCAUGAACCUGGUGUUCGCAGUGCAGGCAGGCAGGCGCUCAUGAGGUUACUUGUCAGAGGAUGCCAGCAAGAUAGAUGGGGUACCUCCACCUCAUGCAGUGGAAUUUGUCCAGUUUGCCUCAAUGGCGGAGUUUGUGAUGAUGUGGGUGGUCUGUGUAUUUGCCCGCCUGGAUUCAGCGGUGAUAUUUGUGAAAUUGUGCUGGGACCUAACCGCUUUGGUAAAGAUGGCAGUCUCUAUUGUGAUUCUGGUUUAUUGCCUGGUACUACGUCAUGUGAAGGGCUGCUGUUUUGCUUACCAGAUCCAUUUGGAUGCAUCUGCAGUGCUGGCUACAAAGGAAUUGAUUGUAAUACAGAAUGUGGUGACGGGACAUUUGGAGCAAACUGUGCACAAAUGUGUCACUGCAGUGAUCAAGCUACUUGUAAUAAAACAACAGGCCGUUGCCCAGGAACCUGUGCUUCAGGCUACAAGGGCAUCAACUGCCAAGAUGAUUGUGGAGCCGGCCAUGGUGGUUUGAAUUGCGCAACAUCUUGCCAAGCUCCAGCAGUCGUGACUAUGUUUCGUGAUGUAGCACCAUCGACCUCCCCGACUCAAGCUCAGAUUCAUCUGGCCUGGAAGUUUGUCAGCAAUCUCUGUGCAGUGGAGCGUUACCAAAUUGGAUACGAAUUGACCAAUCGAGACCAGUGUGCGGAAGUUACUUCGCUACGAGUUGAAGUAACAUCAGAUUUAUACGCCAAAAGUUUGAUAAUAUCGAGCGGCCUACAGCCAUUUUCUAGUUACACUGUGUACAUCAAGGCGUGGAAUGAGAUUGGUGCUGGACCAGAAACCUCUAUCUCAGUCACUUCAGGGGAGAGUGUUCCUACUGGAGAGCCUGAGAAUGUAAUGUUGUCUACUGGUCAAACCAAUGGUCUAUCCUUUACUUGGGACCCAAUACCUUGUGGAUCUCGACAUGGCUCGAUCGAAUAUCAUUACAAACUACAACAGAAGGAUGUGAACAGUAGUCGGGAGGGACAGGUAGCGCCCGAAACUGUGACAGUGGCCAGUGGGCUGCUCCCAUGUACAGACUACAUGUUUCAAGUUGCAGGUGUAACAAGCGCUGGGCGGGGACCGUACAGCACAUCUGUAGAAGCCAGGACUACAGUACAAGCUCCUAAUCCAGUAGAAGGCUUAAAUCUAAGCCCAUCAGCCAAUGAAAUCCAAGUAUCAUGGCAAGCCUCUACUGGGUCUGCCGUCAAUCCCUGCACUGCAAGCUCUUACAAUGUGACCUAUGAACUUCUGAACUUUGAUCAAUGCGACCCUAAGGGUAGUCCUGUUACAGUGAAUGUUGGCCAAGUAGAUACCACUACAGCAACCAUCAGUGGACUUGAACCAUACUCUUCGUACAGAGUCUAUGUAAUAGCAACUAACACAGGUGGUGACAGCUCAGUUGUUGGUGAUACGGCGAUAACUGCUGACAUAGCGCCAAGUGGCCCUCCAAGAGACAUCACAUCAACUGUUGUCACCAACACAACCCUCUCGUCCUCCUGGGAUCAACCAGACUGUGGCAGUCGUCGUGGUGUUAUAACUCACUACAGCUACACUGUAACCAGCACUGAUGGGGCGGUGAUAAGAAGUAACAACGUAUUCAGUGCAUCACUGGAUUUGACCGGUCUUAAACCAUUCACACAUUACACGCUAUCAGUGGCUGCAGGGAAUUCAUUUGGUUUAGGACCAGUUGCUGUGAUAACUGAACGAACCGAUGAAGGGAUGAAGGCCGUCUUUCCACCGUAG